AUGGAAUCCAAGGCCACUAUAAAUAAUGUGACUGAGUUUAUUUUCACUGGCCUUUUCCAGGACCCAGGAGUGCAGAGAGUGUGUUUUGUGUUGUUUCUGUGUGUGUACCUUGCCACAGUGGUGGGCAAUGGCCUCAUCGUUAUGACGUUCAGCUUCAGUAAGAGUCUGCAUUCCCCCAUGUACAUCUUCCUCAGCUCUCUGUCCUUGGUGGAAAUCUGUUCCUCCUCUACUGUUGUCCCUAAACUCAUCACUGACUUUCUUGUCAGGAUUAAAACCAUCUCUCUAAAGGGCUGUCUGAGUCAGAUCUUCUUCUUCCACUACUUUGCAGUCGCUGAGAUCCUUUUGCUUGUGGUGAUGGCCUAUGACCGUUAUGUGGCCAUCUGCAAGCCUCUUCAUUACAUGAACAUAAUGAGUCAUCAACUGUGUCACAUGAUGGUAGCUGGGUCCUGGUUGGGAGGCUUUUUUCACUCCAUUAUUCAGGUUCUCAUCACCAUGCAGUUACCCUUCUGUGGUCCAAAUAUGAUUGAUCACUAUUUCUGUGAUCUCCAUCCUUUAUUUAAGCUUGCCUGCUCUGACACCUUUGUGGAAGGGGUUAUUGUGUCUGUCAACAGUGGGUUAAUCUCUGUCUUCCCCCCUCUCCUCUUGGUGUCCUCCUAUGUCAUCAUCCUGGUUAACUUGAGGAACCAUUCUGCUGAGGGAAGGCACAAGGCCCUCUCCACCUGUGCCUCUCACAUCUUGGUUGUCGUCUUAUUUUUUGGACCUGCCACCUUCAUCUACAUGAGACCCUCAUCUUCCUUUACUGGAGACAAACUCGUGGCUGUGUUCUACACAGUCAUCACCCCCAUGCUGAACCCUAUCAUCUACACUCUCAGGAAUGCAGAGGUGAAAAAUGCCAUGGGGAAGUUUUGGGUCAAAAAGGAGAGCUCAGUGGUGGGAAAGUGA